GAUACCCCUCCACCGGGCGCCGCACCCCUCCGGGCAUGCUGGGAGUUGUAGUUAGUUUCUCAUCUGCUGUAGAUUGGUCACAUUACAUGUCACCAUGGUAACCGGGAGAGUCGGGAGGUCUCCUGAUCAUCUCCGGCCUCUCUGCCAUGAUGUGCUGACUGAAGAUCCAUCCGUCCUGCUGCCCGGAGAUGAUGGCGAAUCCAUUGCGAGGAGAGGUGGUGAAGCUCUAUAAGAACCUUCUCUACUUGGGGCGAGAAUACCCGAAAGGCGAGGUGUUCUUCAAGGAACGUCUAAAGAAAGCCUUCAUGAAGAACAAAGACGUCUCCGACCCCGAGAAGAUCCGGGAGCUCGUCACUCGGGGGGAAUUUGUUGUUAAGGAGCUGGAAGCAUUAUAUUUUCUGCGCAAGUAUCGGGCGAUGAAACAGCGAUAUUACCAGGACGGCCCCAGCUCCUAGUGGUCUCCGACCAACUGCAGCGUCCCCCGAUAUUACAGGGGAGGAAAGAGGCCAAAAUCCAGAGCUGACCCCGUCUGCUCCAGAAGAGACACAUUCUCGUGCCUUACACCUCGCGAUGUUCACAUCCGUCCUGAUGUAUAUAAGAUUCUGCUUCAUGACAAAUCAGUAAAAACGUCGACACAAAGACGCACAAAAGAUCAAACAUAGAUCGACUGUGGAAAAGGCCAAAUAAAAAGCUUAAUCACUGACUCGUGAGGUCUCCGCUCUGUUAGAUGGGUCGUGUUUUAGGCUCGAGGCUGAAACUUAUCCUGAUCUAAUCAUUUUCACAGCUAUGGGCUUGUUACAGUGUGUCGGUGUAGGACUGGGGAUCAGUUGUCGCAGACCAGCGAAGACGCCUGAC